UAUUGGUCGUGAAAAUUGUUCAUAUUGAUUCUCAUCAUUCGUUAUUCGGUAAACAAAAAACUUUAUUCAAUCAUAGCUCGAAAAAAAAUAUUGUGAACGGGGAGAAAGAAAAGAGUGAACAACAAACAUUAAUAAGUGACGAUGCUGACGAUGGAUAUUGAUUCAAAAAAGGCAUCUGUGUGGGAUAAAUGUGAAAUUUUCAUAAAUACAGCAAAUCAUUGCCUGAUUGCAAUUACGACUUUUUAUCUCGUAUGGUAUUGCCUACAGAAUUAUGAAAUGACUGGAACUCUUACACAACAUGCUUGGAUUACGACAAUAGGAUAUCAAGUUCUUAUGGCUGAAGGCAUUAUGGCAUUUUAUAAGGCCAAUUCUUUAACGUUUUUGUCAUCAAAAAGAGAAAAGAAUCAUUAUCAUUGGAUAUUACAAGUGAUUGGUGGCACUAUGGCUUUAUAUGGCUGUAUAAUUGAAAUAAUUGAUAAAGAUCGCAGAAAUUUGGCACAUUUUGUUUCACUGCACGCAAUAUAUGGUCUAGUAUCCAUGGCAUGCCUAUGCAUUACAAUAGUUUCCGGAUUAAGUGCACUUUUUUCAUAUGAAGUACGGAGAUAUAUUAAGCCAGUCUUAUCGAAAUUCUCACAUAAUACUCUUGCACUUACAACAUUCAUAACAGGAAUGAUUUCACUUAUUUAUGGCUGGACUGGUACAAGAUGGGCACGACUUUAUGAUCCAGGCAAUUUAAGAUAUAUGAGCUCAUGGGCAAUAGGUUUUAUCAUAGUUUUCACUUGCAUUGGAGCUUUUAAGUCAUUGAUAUAUCAAGCAAUUGGAGUUGUGAAAUUGUUUUUGACGAAAUCUGACAAAGAAAAUAACGAAGAUAAAGAGAAGCAGUGAAAAACGUAUUAUCAAUACGUGAUUAAUACUGCAUGACUAUAAUUUUGUAGAUAACCAUUUUGCCUGGAGAUUAACUUUAGAGCUUAGCAAUUAAUAUAAAAAAUGAUAAGCAAUUUAUUUAUUUAGUAUUUCAGUCAAAACUGAUCAUACAAAAAUCUCAGGAAGUAAUUAAAAUUGCAAUAAUAAAAGAAUGAAAGCUUAAAGUACACUAAAUGAAAGUAGCUUAAACAAAUUUUUAAAACUGCCAAGUAGCUACCAAGGAAUUUUGAUUGGGAUAUGAUUCUUCACCUGAAUUUGUCUCAGUAAUUUUGGAUUAAAAAUGCAUGACAAUAAAUAAACUAGACUUAAACUUGAAAAAAUUCUAAACUACCAAACUUAUCCUAAGCAUUAAUCCGAUUUAUGAGUGUUAUCAAUUUUUGAAAUAAAAUCCACUCUAGACAACUUACUACUAUUAAUUUGGUAGCUUAUCAUAAAUGAAGUGAUUCUUAGUCACUAAAGAACAAUUAUGGACUUGGUCUAGACCCCUUCGACACAAAACCAGAAGUUGUGGAUUUUCGUUUAUGAAAAAAUAUUUUAAUGAC